GGCUUUGGUUGAUUUCUAGCAACGUCUACUAUAGUGACGUCAGCAGAAAAAUCACAGCGAAAGGCGGACCAGGCCGUUUCCAGGAGCCGACACUGUUGGGUGACGGGAGAGUUUUGUGGUCUUUUUGAUGUGACUUGACUGACUUUUCUAUGUCCACCUGUUUGAUGGUUUGCGGCCAAAAAGCUGAAACUUUCCAAAAUAUAUGUAAAAGUGAAGAGCAUCUAAGAUAGAUAUGGUAGAUAGCAUAUAUAGACAGCUGCAGGGAUCUUGAGCUUGCUUUUUAAUUAAGAGUGAUCACUAAUUAAGUUUGGUUCUACAAAUAAAAGCAGCUACCUUGAAGGACAAGGUAAUGUUCAUUUAUACAGUUGAGAAAUCAUGAAAUCAAUGUCACUUGCAGCCAUUUUUUUGUGCAUUCUAAUACCAUCAUUUGAGACCAAGCAAUUUAUGCCCAAUGGCUGCUACUGUUUCUGCCCACCAUAUCAGAAUUUAAGUGCAAUGACUUUCUGGAAAAAAGAAUUUCAGGAUGACUGUAAUUGCCUAUAUACAAUGGAGCCGAUGCCAGUACCAAGACAUGAAGCCGAGGCGUAUUGCUUGCUAUGUGAUUGCAAGUUUGUGGAAAGAAAUAACUCUGCCACUAAGAUUAUCCUCAUCGUUUUGCUCUCAGUAUUUGGAGCUGUUUUACUUUUAAAAGUCUUUUCAGUGGUAGUUAAGCACUUCAUCCAUAAACCUGAUGCCUAUACUAAGCCCCUGCACAAUGAAGAAGUGUCAGAAGAUCCCCACACUUGAUCUACUCCCCAAUCCACCUAAGAGAAUAUGCUGCAUAUGAAGCAAGCUACUAGUUGUACAUUCCAUUGAUGAGCACUACCAUUUCCUUUAUUUGUUGCUGUCAGGAAAAUAAUAACUGUAGGAUAACUAUUUUACUUCAAAAGUGAGAAACAAUUGCAACUUAAUUUGGUUUCUACAAUCUUCCAAGCAUUGGUCUGGUUUGGUGAUAAAAAUGUGGCAUGCAUGUAUUUGUUAUUGCUUACAAACCUGUGGCUUAGGUUUUAGCUCGAGCCGGAUGUAUUAUCAAUUGAAUAAAAACAGCAGCAUCAUUUUCAUUCCCUUGACUGCCAAUAUAUGAUCUUUCACCCUUGCAAAAUAUUACAGAGAAGUGGCUUGGAUUCUGUCUUUAAAUUCUGACUGCUUUGAUAAGUUGGCACCAAAGACAAAAAUGUAAUGAGGGAAAUUUAUUUAGCAAAAAGGAGUGACUGCAUUUGUCUCCUAAAUUCUUACAGAUUCUCCCUUCAAGGAAUUUUUUUUUUCAGGAUAGUUAACUUUACACCAAAGAAAUACGGACAAUUUUUUUUAGCACUGUCAUAGUUAAAUUAGUUAACCCAUCACAAAAAUGACUCUGGAUGAGCUUUGAGUUUCCCAAUCUCCUUAAGGGACCUAACCAAGAGGCUUGUCGAUGUCUCCUCCACAUGCAGAUUUUUUAAACAGUCAAGUGAUUAUACAGAAUACAGACACUUGUAUUUUUUGCUGAAUUCACUGGAUUAUUUAGUGCAAAGGAAAUUGCCCUUCUACAUUUGGCAGUUUAUCCCAGUAUGCAAAACUGAAUUCCAAUACUGAAGGACAUUUAGAGAAAUAUAGCCUUAUAUUUUAUUAUUGUCCCAAGAAGUGCCAUGUAACAUGUAUUUUUUAAAAUAAAAUUUAAGUUGGUUUAAUAGAAAAUUUCCUGUAUGAUAUUGGAUUUUUUUCCCUUGGCCAACAUGAUUACAAUUACUUAUUUUAUUCUAAUUUUACAAUACAUCUUGCCCAGAUGUAUGGAACCUGUAGCAAUCAUGUCUAGGUCAACAAUUAAGGGAAAGUAGCAUUAACAGUAUAUAACACUGAAAUGUAAUGUUGUAAUCGUCUCUCAGGACCUACUUCCAAAAGAUCUUGAAGGAUGGAUAGUAUUUUUUCUGCAUGCUUAAAUAUUUCAGUAUUAAGCAAGCUACUUUAUCUCUUGAAGUAUCUCUGGCAGAGUGGAUCAAUCUUUGUUGCUGUGCAGACCUUUUCAUUAAACACAGAACGUUAGUAUAACAUAGGUAUCAGGCAUCAUUCAAUACUUUUUGUUCAGAAGGAGAUAUUAUGCAAAGGUUUGGAAAAUAUGUAGAAAUGUGGAGGGAAUUCCUAAAAUAUAUGUUAGUUAUACCAUAUCUAUGCUAUAAAAAUCCAAAUGACCACUUAUGGGUAUCCAUAUGGUCCAGCCAUGUCUAAAAUACAAUAUGCACAUUGUAUCAUCAGCUGGUUACUAAGUAUGCAUCAAAUCAGAGAUGGUAUUUGCACCCAGUUCGGCCCGGAUUGGGUGAACUGGUGGUAGCAGCGGGAGGCUCCACCCACCUGCCCAGACGCUUAUGCGCAACCUUGAGCACGCCCGAACCAGUAGUAAAAAAAUUAGCAACCUACCACUGCAUCAAAUGUUAUACAUUAUCUACAUGGAAGUAUCUGGUGAAACAUUUGAUUUUAUAUACUGAAAAUAUUUAAAAGCUAUUUAAAUUCAAAUAUUCAGUGAUGUACAAAAAAGAAGUAAUAGAAAAAAGCUCUCUAAAUGUCAACAAUAAAAUAUGAUAAAAUCA